AUGACCGCGCCGCGAAAACCGCUUUCGAAAGCUGGGGCAGAAGACGGAUCGUCGCUCUCCAUGUUCACCUGCCGCAGCUGCCGGCUGCGCAAACGUCGGUGCUCCCGCGAAAAACCCGCGUGCGAGCGGUGCGUACGGCUCAAUAUCCCCUGCGUGUACGAAUUGCCGCCGAAACACCAGCGCCGCGUGUCGAGUCACGUGGUCUCGCAGAAACCCAUCGACACAGACACCACGAUCGCCAACCACCCACUGCGGGCGCAUUUCCACACGUCGCUGGAGCUGGCCUCGCACGUCGAGAAGGACCCGUUCUUGCUGGAGUACACAGUGGCCGCCGGCGUGUGCGGGUCGCGUUUGGCCCUGGAACACAACUGCACCGGCUCCGGCUCCGGCCACGCGUUGUCUGCCCUGACGUUGGCGUGCAGCGACCUCCUGCAGAGCCGGGCCGACUCAGCCGCAACCGAGACUGCCACUGCUCCCGCACCGCGGCCAUUCUCGGCCACACCUCCCACAGACUUGGCCCAGGCGAGCUCAGACCUGGUCGAUGCAAUUCUCAACGCUCUACCGUCUUUGCCGGCAAUCGAGGCCUACAAAGUGCAGUUUUACCAAAACGUCUACACUGCGCUGCCCGCGCUCAACAUCCAAGCCUUUGAACGUGCGUUGGAACACCUCGUGCUCCCCAGCAUCGACAACAAUUCAAUUGAGCUCAAUGUUGACGUUGCAGACCCGGCCCGCAACCUCCCGCAUCUCGCAAUGCUACUCACGGCACUCCGAAUGGGGUACAUGUCUUUGCUGCUAUACAACGAGCGCAUAGAACCCAACGUCAACCAAAAGCAGCAGACCCAGGUGUGGCUCCGCCUAAAUGAAGUGUCUCGAGACGUGCUGGUUCUCGUACGAGACUGUUUGCAACUUCUUGACAUCUGCGAAAAUCCUACUGAGGAUAUUCUUUGCUGUCUUUAUUAUCUUCGACAGGCUUUGGAGAAUGAAGACGCCGAUUACUGGUCAAUAAUCGGUUCUACAAAUGCCGGCAUGUUGGAAGCCACCGUUCAUCUCGCGAUUAAGAUGAAUCUUCAUCAUAAUGUGAUUGAUGAUCUCGACGAUCACUCUGGUGCCAACGUUACUGUCCAAGAAAAGCUCCACCGUCGUAAGCUGUGGCUUUCCAUUUGUUCGACAAGCUUGCACGAGCAUACUCUAAGAGGCGGAAAUCCGUUUGUCAAAGCGCAUCAACUUCGUCAAUUCUCGGACCACCACCGAGUGUUUGAUGAUUACCGUGCCAUUUCGUUACGGAAUCUUCCUUCCGAUGAUCAAAUAGAACUAGACUAUCACAUCAUGCUUUUGAAAAACCAUCAGUUCAUGGAGGUUUUUUGCGAUAUUGAAGAAAGCCUUCGCAGCAAUGAUGAAUUGCUUGACGAUAAGGCUAAAGAAAACGAGCGUUUGGAACUUUUCUUUAAAACUGGAUUUCCGGACUUUGAUCCCGCAUACAAUUGUGACACGGGACUACCACUGCACAUUGUGUGCAACUCUGGUAAUGUUCCAGUUAGCAUUGGCCGCGUUAAACAGAUCGCAGUCUUUCAAACUAGACUGGGACUUUUAACAAAGCAAUUGUCCAAUUCGUCUCUACUCAUGUUUUUUUAUGAAAAGGACUAUAAGCAUUCAGGUCAAGCGACUUCUUUGGCCAAUUUCGAGCACUACCUUGUUGAGUCCAUGAAAACCAUGCUGCAGGUAUUUGGCUAUCUAGAGGAUUACGCCUUCGGCCAGUUCUCUCAAGUGACACCUGCCGGUAUGCGUUUCGUCUUGUCCAGUUCGAUCUCUCCCAUUUGUAAUAGAUCUAUCAUUGUGGCCCAUGGACUUAUGCUUAGACUUGUGUUUCUCCAAGAUUCAACUACUUUGAACGGCGAAACAGAAAGGACAGCAAUAGUGAAAGAUAUCUUAGCUGCAUUACGAGCAUUACUAGGGUCCAUGAGUGAGUGCAUGGCCACGCUGCCUCUGCCCCCAAAAGCAGUUGACUUCAAUGCCUUUUUCACAAAGUUUUACGACAUGGGCCAUUUGUUUCUGGCAAUUAAAGCAUAUGGUUCUGCGAACGAUAAUGAACAUGCAAAGCAUCAGAACCUGACGAAGAUUUGUAUGCCUGGCUAUAUGCAUCAGUAUAGCAAAGCUACCUUCCAAUUGAGUACCGCCUCGCUGCAACAGCUCUCAAAGUUGUUAAAUGCUGACAUUCGUGUGAAAAAGAGGCGUGUAGCGCAAUGGAGUAGCAAUGCUUAUGCAUUGCUUCUGAAUGCUCAACAAUAA